GCAGUAAUGGCGACCAACUUUCACUUUAGUCGGGAAACACCCCCAGAAUCAAUUUUUACUGAUUUCCAGACGCUUAAUAAGUUUCAAAACAAGCAAUUCAAACAGCUACUGGAAUAUGGUUUUGAAUUCCUUGCUGAUCCAGGGAAGUCAUCCCGAUUAAUGGAACAGCUGGAGGUGUUUGCUGAAGAAAAUGGAGUGAAUGUUACAGGCCUAAAAAAUAUAUUUAAAAGUUUACUCUCAUUCAGCAACAGUGCAUUGAAAAAGAGUCUGUCUGCAUCACAACUAAAAGAAGAUUUAACAAAUCUAGGUUUAGCAGAGGACAAGUCUGAAUACUUUUCACAACAAUGGACCAGUAAUUUGGCUGCUCUGUCCAAGAGUGCCCUAGGACAAACUCUGAUGGUCAAUCAGCUGGUGGACAUGGAAUGGAAAUUUGGAGUGACAGCUGCUAGCAGUGAAGUUGACAAAGUAGGAAACACAUUCUUACAGGUGAAGCUAGUAAUCAACACAGGAAAUGGAAUAAAGAAUACUUACAUGGAGCUUACAUUGCCACAGUUCUACUCAUUCUUACAUGAAAUGGAGAAAGCCAAGGCCAGUUUGGAGUACCUCAGCUGAGGGUGUGUAUUAUUUAUAGAGGUACGAUUCGUGUACAAGUAAAUGUAAACGUGUAAUUACAGAUAACAGACAGUUUGUAGUACCUCAGCUGAGGGUGUAUAUUAAAUUUAAACAUGUAGUUACAGAUAAUAGUCUGAAUGCAAGGGAAGAGAGAGAGAGAGGAGAGGGAGGGAGAGAAGAAAUCAGGAAAAAUCUUCAAUCAGACAUUCUGUGCAAUGACUAGCUUUUCUGUAAAACGUAGUAUUUGAUUUGUAUAAAUAUACCUAAAUAUAAAAUUUUAUAACAGUAGUUGUUUCUCUAUUUUAUUUGCCUUAUAUGGUUGUUAAUUUCCUUUUUUCACAAGGUUGUUAAAUGGUAUCUUGUGUUAUUUGUUAAGGCUCUUAUCAUACCUAAGCUUAAUCAUUUUUUUCUAUUUCUCUACCAUCUCCUAGAAAAGAAUGAAAAGCUGCAAGUAGACUUUUUGAAUUAAUAUGGAAGUCAAAGUCGGAUAAGAUUAAGCAUUCCCUUGUAACACAAGAUUAUUUUUCUGGGUUCUGAAAAUGGUCAACAUAAUUAAUUAAAUAAUUGCAUUAAAAAUUUUUUGGAUGAAAAGUUUAAGAAGCCAUGGAUGGAUUUUUUGCAAGGAAUGAAAAAGAUACUAGUACUUUUGAAAAGCUUAUUCAUUUCAGAGAUUUUUUUUAUUUCUCAGAACAUCUACUUCCUAAAAACAAUGUUUUCUGACAAGAUGUAAUAAAGGCAUGGUUUGAAGUCAUAACAUGUUUAAAUGAUUGUAAAAUAAAAAAAAAUAUUUUCUAAAUAUUCCAGUGUUGUACAAUUCUAAAAUGUUGGUUGGAAAUCAAUGCUUUCAUAUCAAAAAUAAAUUAAAGUAAUCAGAGAUUUUUUAGAUGAGAAGGGAAGUUUUAUAACUUAAUAUUCCUUCCAACAAAGGUUUUGCCUUUCACAUAAAGAUAUGCAUGUUCAGAUUAGGCAGUGUAAUAGUGUUCCUACUGCAGUAUUUUUAGCUCACCUUAACGAAGUUGGGGGAGCUUAUGUAAUGGCGUCGGCGUCGGCGUCCCAGGUUAAGGUUUUUGGAGCAGUUUUCUUUUCAAAUACUUCUAUGGCCUAUAUUAGUCAGAGAUGCAUGGAGGAUGCUUCUAGUGUGUUUCAUUGUACCAGUCAAGGUUUCAGAUGCUGCAAUUUCAGCUAAAGAAUGACCAGGUUAAUGUUUUUGGAGCAGGUUAAAGUUUUUGGAGCAGGUCUCAUUUCCAAGUAACUAUAAGCCCUAUAUUGACCAAACUUGCAUGGAUGAUACAUCUAAGGAUGCACACUACUAAACUUGCUUCGGAUGCUGGAUCUGACCUACAUUUUCCGGAUGAGUGACCAGGUUAAGGUUUUUGGAGUAGAUCUCAUUUCCAAGUAACUAUAAGCCCUAUAUUGACCAAACUGCAUGGAUGAUACAUCUAAGGAUGCACACUACUUGACUUGCUUCGGAUGCUGGAUCUGACCUAUAUUUUCCGGAUGAGUGACCAGGUUAAAGUUUUUGGAGCAGAUCUCAUUUCCAAGUAACUAAAAGCCCUAUAUUGACCAAACUUGCAUGGAUUAUACAUUUAAGGAUGCACACUACUGGACUUGCUUCGGAUGCUGGAUCUGACCUAUAUUUUCCGGAUGAGUGACCAGGUUAAAGUUUUUGGAGCAGAUCUCAUUUCCAAGUAACUAAAAGCCCUAUAUUGACCAAACUUGCAUGGAUGGUACAUUUAAGGAUGCACACUACUGGACUUGCUUCAGAUGCUGAAUCUGACCUAUAUUUUCCGGAUGAGUGACCAGGUUAAAGUUUUUGGAGCAGAUGUCAUUUCCAAGUAACUAUAAACCCUAUAUUGACCAAACUUGCAUGGAUGAUACAUAUAAGGAUGUACACUAUUGGACUUGCUUCGGAUGCUGGAUCUGACCUACAUUUUCCGGAUGAGUAACCAGGUUAAAGUUUUUGGAGCAGAUCUCAUUUCCAAGUAACUAUAAGCCCUAUAUUGACCAAACUUGCAUGGAUGAUACAUUUAAGGAUGCACACUACUGGACUUACUUCGGAUGCUGUAUCUGACCUACAUUUUCCGGAUGAGUAACCAGGUUAAAGUUUUUGGAGCAGAUGUCAUUUCCAAGUAACUAUAAGCCCUAUAUUGAUUAAACUUGCAUGGAUGAUACAUCUAAGGAUGCACACUACUGGACUUGCUUCGGAUGCUGGAUCUGACCUAUAUUUUCCGGAUGAGUGACCAGGUUAAAGUUUUUGAAGCAGAUGUCAUAUCCAAGUAACUAUAAACCCUAUAUUGACCAAACUUGCAUGGAUGAUACAUCUUAGGAUUCACACUACUGGACUUGCUUCAGAUGCUGGAUCUGACCUAUAUUUUCCGGAUGAGUGACCAGAUUAAAGUUUUUGGAGCAGAUGUCAUUUCCAAGUAACUAUAAGGCCUAUCUGAACCAAACUUGCAUGGAUGAUGCAUCAAGGGACGAACAAUCUCAAAACUUGCUUCGGAUGCUGGAUUUGACUUACAUUUUCUGAAUGAGUGUCUAGUUUUAAGUUUUCAGAUAAGUCCAUUCCCAAGUAACUGCAAGCCCUAUCAGACCAAAAUUGCAUAAAUGUUGCAUCUAGGGAUGCACACUCCUAGAUUAUUAGUUUAGUGUGGGACUUUGCCUUACUUAAAGACAACAUUCGUUGAGGUGAGCUCUGUAAUCUCUGAUUACCUAUGUUUAAAUCUGUGUCCAUUGACGGAUCUUUUGUCGGAUUGUUUGAAUACUCCUAUGCUUUUUUACUUUGAAUUGUUUGCUUUAGUCAGAGAAAUGGACUAAGUCAUUGUACUUCAUUUUGAACACAAAUAAUAUUAAACCUACAUCUGCAUCAAAAUGGGUAUCUAGGGGCAGUGUUAUUUUGAAAUACAUGAUGUUUUACGAAGUUUGAUUUAGAGUAACAAGUGAUACAGUUGUUCAGUGGCAGUAGUUUAGAAUAUUACAUAGGUUUCUUCCUGUAAGUUACUACCUUAAAAAAACUAUUAAAACUACAGAUUGUUGUGCCUUUUUUAAAGAAGGACAGCGAAACAAUACAACUUAAAUUUUUAUUUUGUAAUGAUAUUUUGCUAUGGAGAUUCCUUUGUCAUAACCUAUUUUUUUGCUUGUCUGAUGCAGAAGAAAGUGCCAAAUUUCAAUAGUGUCAUGUCAUCGUUGAGUCAAAUACGAAACUAAAAAAUUCUUAUCCAUGCAAAAGUAUAAACUUUCUUAUGUCAAUUCCAUAUAAUUUAUUUUUGGUUUGAAACACGUCAUAUGAUUGGAUAAGAAAAUAGUUUAUAUCAUAUAACCUGUGUUGCCUAUGUCACAAUGACUUACGUCAAAAGUGUAUCAAUUUUCUUGACGUUACGUUUAAUAUAUGUACAAUUUGAAGGCAUUUUUUUUAAAGGAGAAAUUGUCUUAUUUUCACGGAAAACGGUAGGUGCCAGGUAGAAAAAAUAUUUUAUCUGGCGGUCUCCAGAUCAGUUUCUGGCGGCCGCCAAAUAAUUAUCUGGCGGUCGCCACAUAAAUAACUGGCGACCGUCAGAUAAUAGAUUUAUAGAUCUGGCGGCCGCGAUUUAAUUUCUUGCGGCCACCAGAUAACAUUCUGGCGUCCGCCAGAUAAAAUAUUUUUCGACCAGGCACCUACCGGCUUCCGUUUAUUUUCUACACUUAAAUUAUAAGGAAUGAAUUGAAUAGCUGCCCAAGUUAUACCUGGUACAACCUGGGGUUGGAACAGUUUAUGCUAUUUUAUAAACCGCGCAGCGGUAAACUGUCCCAACCCAGAACUUGAAUUAAAUUCAUUCCUUAAAUGGUCUUCAUGGAAAUCUGUUUUUGAUGAGUGACAUUAAUAUUAUUUAAAUUCAUUAGACAGUUCGAAUUAAUUUAUUUAUCUUUAGAUUGUCUUUUAAAAGAAACACUGUAUAUUCCAUAAUUUAGAAAAUACAUGUAUAACGUUUGAAUAAGAGAAAUAAGUGACAAAACUGAUUUAUUAUUUAUGACUUCAUGAGAAUUGUGAAUAAUGAAUGUGGGUGGUGUGGGUGAGUUAGUGAGUAUUUCAUAAAUGUUAAGAUGUUUAUCCACAAUUACUUUGUUUAUUAAAUUGCAAGAAAAAUAAAAAUAUUAAAAUGUGUUAUUUCUUUCUA